GCUUGUUAACGUCACACAUUAGCAACUCCGCAUAUGAGCAGGUCAGGUCGCUAACCUAACUUUCAACAAAUUAAACUGUAACGUAUCUUUCAAAUAUCGCUUUUAAGGCCGCCAUUUAAGAUACAUACAUAUAUAUAUCUACACUUAAUUUGAGGGAACCUCCUAAAUACAUGGCAGGCAAGAAGAAAGAAGCAAGUCUGCAGGUGUCUGUCACAAACCAAGAGCAGUGGGAGGAGAUGCUUGCAGCCAAAGGUUUAACAGUUGUAGAUGUAUACCAACAGUGGUGUGGUCCCUGUCGAGCUGUGGUUAGUCUCCUGCGAAAAGUAAAGAAUGAAUUGGGUGAUGACCUGUUACACUUAGCCACAGCCGAGGCAGACAGCAUUGAUGCUCUGGAGAAGUAUAGAGGGAAAUGUGAGCCCACCUUCCUUUUCUAUGGGGGAGGGGAGCUGGUGGCUGUGCUGCGAGGGGCCAACGCUCCUCUGCUUCAGAGGAUGAUUGUAGAGGAACUGGCCAAGGAGAAGCUGGUCCUGGAGCAAGGUGGCGAACGCAUCGUUGUUAAAGAUGAUGGUCUGAUGGAUGAUGAAAAGAAAGAAGAGGAUGACAAGCCUCAGCAGGCACAAAAUGAAGAUAACAUAAUUGUACCUGCCAGUAAAUCCUACACAGUUGCCAUCAUCAAACCAGAUGCUGUUGCUCACGGCAAGGCAAAUGAGAUCAUUAUGAAGAUUCAAGAUGCUGGCUUUGAGAUCCUGGCCCACGAGGAGCGCACACUGACUGAGACUGAAGCUCGAGAUUUUUACCAGCACAAAGCAGCAGAGGCUUGCUUUGAGGGCCUGGUGCAGUUCAUGUCCAGUGGUCCGUCCCAUAUUCUGGUACUGUCUCAGGUUGAAGCCUCAGCCAAUGUUGUACCAGCAUGGCGUGAGUUCAUGGGCCCAGCAGACAUAGAAGAAGCCAAGAGAGAAAAGCCAGAAAGCUUGCGGGCACAAUACGGCACACAGACACUGUUCAACGCAGUGCACGGUAGUGAGGACAUCGACCAGGCCAGCAGGGAGCUCGCCUUCUUCUUCCCCAACUUUAGGAUGGCCUCAGUAACAGAGCAGAAUGGGGAGGAAGAGCGUGUGGAGAGGACACUGGCUCUUAUCCGGCCCGACGUUGCCAGGGAGAAGAGAGAAGAGAUAUUGGCUCAAAUCCACAAGUCAGGCUUCACCGUGGCUCUCCAGAAAGAAGUGAUUUUGACAGAGGAGCAGGUCAGACAGUUCUACUUCCAACAUGUUCAGGAGGACUACUUCCCUGCACUGCUUCGGAGCAUGACCAGUGGGCCAGUGCUAGCUUUGGCUCUAGUAGGAGCAGGGGCCGUCCAUCACUGGAAGAGCAUCCUUGGUCCCACUGACGUUAAUAAAGCCAGAGAGGAGAGUCCUGAAUGUCUGAGAGCCCAGUUUGCUGUGGCGAAUGAGCCCAUCAACCAGCUGCAUGGCAGUGCAAGUCCUGAAGAGGCGGAACGAGAGAUCAGCUUCUUCUUCCCUAAACAGCAGACACUGGCAGUGAUCAAGCCUGAUGCUAUGGAGGAACACAGAGAGAAGAUUUUGGAGGAGAUCCGUGGCGGCGGUUUCACUGUAACAAAGCUCAAGGAGACGGUGCUGUCGAGGGAGAUGGCUGAGGAGUUUUACAAAGAGCACAGAGAGAAACCUUUCUUCAGCCAGCUGGUGGAAUUCAUGUGUCGUGGGCCCUGCGCGAUGCUCGUCCUGACUAAGGAAAAUGCAGUGGAGGAGUGGAGGGCCAUGAUGGGCCCCACAGACCCUGACCGAGCUAAGGCGACAUCUCCAAACUCGCUGAGGGCCCGCUUUGCCUCCGACAUCCUCCACAACUCUGUCCACGGAUCGUCCAAUGAGCAGCACGCAGAGGAGAAGAUCCGUUUCAUCUUCGGCGACAUCUGCUCAGAAGCAGAGCUCAUCGGUGAUGGAGAGACUGACACAACCAUUUUAGGUGACCCACACAAUUCGAAUCCUUGCAGUCCAGAGACAGGAGGAAGUGACGAUCCAGAGCACUGAUUCCGGAAACUGAAUUAGAUGCAACACUUAUUGUUUUCUGUUGUAUUGUUGGCUUAUUCUGUGACAUUAUGGGAAAAAAUAUGGUACUUCUGUAUCUUGGAUAUGCGGUAGAUGCAACUUGAAUUCCUUACAAUAAAUUGACUAGAUCAGUUUUAACUGCUCUCAUGCUGUGACAAUAUGACUAAGAGCUUAGAUGUUUUUCCUUGAUAACAACAGUGUAGCUUAACAACUGAGGAUAACUCACUGUAGCUAAAUUAGCUGUGUCAAUGUUGAAAAUAAAAUUAAAUGCUUUCUGGUGGAUCA